GAAUUCUUUGGAGGAUCCAAAAAGUGAGAAAAUGAAAACUUAUAUGGAUUUGGUUGAUUUUUUAAGGCCAAAGUUUGUGUUGAUGGAGAAUGUUGUUGAUCUUUUAAAAUUUCCUAGUGGGUUUCUUGGGAGAUAUGCUUUAAGCCGGCUUGUAGGGAUGAAUUAUCAGGCACAGACGGGUAUGCUUGCAGGUGGAGCGUAUGGCCUCCCACAAUUUUGCAUGCGUGUCUUUUUGUGGGGUGCCCUUCAAGGAGAGAAGCUGUCACAAUUUCCUUUGCUAGCCCACAAAGUUGAUAGUAGAGGCGUCAUUUCCAAAGAGUUUGAGUGCAACAAUGUUGAUUAUGAAAACCAUGAUGUCAACCUAAAGAACGCACUCUUUCUUGAAGAUGCCAUUUACGAUCUUCCUAAGGUUGAGAAUACUGAGGUUAGAGAAGAGAUGCAUUAUGUUGAUGAUCCAAAAACUCAUUUUCAGCAGUUUAUAAGACUUGGGCAAGAUGGUGUGCUUGGACAAGUUUUGUAUGAUCGUUGUCCAUUACAGUUGAAUGAAGACGAUUAUCAACGCGUAUGCCAUGUUCCAAAGAGGAAGGGCGCAAAUUUCAGAGAUUUAUCUGGUGUUCGCGUGGUUGGCAAUAAGGUUGAGUUGGAUCCAAAUGUCGAAAGAGUGUAUUUGCCUUCUGGGAAGCCAUUGGUACCUAACUAUGCUAUCUCUUUUGUGAAAGGGACUUCGACCAAGCCAUUCAAAUGGUUAUGGUGGGAUGAAACUGUCCCAACCGUUGUCACCAGGGCUGAGCCUCACAAUCAGGCCAUUUGUCACCCUGUCCAAGACCGAGUUCUCACAAUCAGAGAAAACGCGCGGUUACAGGGAUUUCCUGAUUACUUUAAGCUUUGUGGCUCCAUCAAAGACAAGUACACACAAGUGGGAAAUGCAGUUGUUGUUCUAGUUGCAAAAGCUUUAGGUUACUCAUUAGCUCUCUCAUUCAAAGGCUUGUCUGAAGCAGCCGCCAUGUUUACAUUGCUCGAAGGAUAUGGCGCGAUUCAAGAGCAACCAGCUGAUCAAACCUCUCCUGCCGAAUUUCCAUAAUGAAGUUUUUGAAGGUUAUUAUUUAUUGCACUAUGGCAUACAGUUUUUUAAAGUAAUUAUUCUUUUCUUCUCUGCAUUUGGACAAGUUAAAAAAACCCAUUGUUGCAGUAAAAUUUAGUUUGCUGC